CCAAACAACACUGAUAAUCUGCUCAGAUGGAAAACAGAGCGAGCCGCAACAGUAAGCUAAGAGUUCACUUUAAAAUUAAAGGGAGAAGUGGCAGGGUAGAAGCAAGAACUUCUCAAAUUUUGAUGCAGGAACACCAGGAUGAAACUGAUAUCUGCGUGUUGAGUUAAAUAUAUUUAGUGAUAAUUAUACAACCACACUAAAGUGAAAAAUGAGGCCAGAGGAGGAGCCAGAGUACCAAACACCACCCACCUGCGAUCUGCUCAGCCUUCUGCUGAAGAACAGACGUCCCACUGGAGCUGUCAACGAGGUUUGGCCCAACCUCCACAUCGGAGACGCUGCUACAGCUCAGGAUAAAUGCCUGUUGGUGGAUCUGGGAAUAACACAUGUGGUAAAUGCUGCAGAUGGUCCCCAGCACAUUGACACUGGGCCAUGUUUCUACAAAGACAUCAACAUACAGUACCAUGGAGUGGAGGCAGCAGACUGUAAAGAUUUUGACUUGAGCCCAUUCUUCACUGAGACGGCAGAUUUCAUUCACGGAGCUCUGAGUCAGAGAGGUAAAGUGCUCGUCCACUGUGCACGAGGAAUCAGCCGCUCAGCAGCUCUGGUUUUAGCCUUCCUCAUGAUCAAAGAAAGACUUACACUUGUCGAGGCUGUGGAGGCUGUUCGCAGGCACAGAAACAUUCUUCCAAAUGUUGGAUUUCUGAAUCAGCUCUGUCAUUUGGACUCUUCCUUAGCCCUGCAGAGAAGAACAACAUAACAUCAAGGAGCGGAGAGAGAGAGAGAUCAUUGGAGGAGAAUUUGCUCCAAAGAGGAUUUGUGAAUCUGAAAGGACUAUUCCCUUUAGUUCUGAUCUGUUUGGUAUGAAUCAAAAGUUGUUUUCAUUAAAGAAAAGUACUUUCAAAACAUGGCUGCUUGGGUUUUAAGUUUUCCUAUAAUUUCAAGUAAGAGAUGAAAUAAGUGUGUUCUUCUAAAACUCUAAAACAAAAAUCUGAUACUUUAAGGGAUUUUUAUGAACAGAAUAAAUAAAUAAAAAAAUCUGUGCUGCAUUCAUCUUCAUAUAGCUCUGUAGUGAACAUCAACAAUAAGAGCAGAUUUGAAAAGUUACAUCAAAACUUUGUUAACUUAGGACAUGGUAGGACACAUCCAUUGAGUCUUGACUUGAUUGGCAUGCUUUGACAGUGACCUUGUGACUUGGUGUGGUCUGUCUUCAUAAGAGACUGGACUUAGAGCAAUCUUAAAGCACUUGAAUAGGACUUGGAUAACUUGUGAUUUAAC